GUUUUGCAAAAAACCACCGCUUUUUCUCACGUACUUUUUUGCAAAUCAGCGAUGGCAAACGGCGAUGAUGAAUUACCUAUGGCUGCAAAUAUGUUUGUGGUUCCUCAGACAAGAGGUACUGUCUUGUGUUGCAAGUGCGGUAUUCCGAUGAUGCCAAAUCCUUCCAACAUGUGUGUGACAUGUCUACGGUCUGAGGUUGACAUCACGGAAGGUUUAUGGAAGCAUGUGACCAUUAUGCAUUGUCCUAAGUGUGAUAGCUACUUGCAGCCCCCUAGAACUUGGAAAAAAGCUCAGUUGGAAUCAGAGGAUCUCUUGAAGUUUUGUGUGAAACGACUGGAGACUAAUUUGAAAAAAGUUAGGGUAGUAAGUGCUGAAUUUAUUUGGACUGAACCUCAUUCUAAGAGAAUCAAUGUUAAGCUGAAAGUUCAGAAAGAGGUUCUUAACGGAGCGUUUCUUGAGCAAUCUUAUGUUGUUGAGUUUGUUCAGCAAAAUCACAUGUGUGAAUCAUGUACAAGGUUUCAGACCAAUCCUGACCAGUGGGUAGCUGCUGUUCAGCUCAGACAACGUGUUGCACAUAGGCGAACAAUCUUUUACCUGGAGCAACUCAUCCUGAAGCAUGAUGCUGCUUUCCAUGCCAUUAAAAUCAAGCAGAUGGAUCAGGGAAUUGAUUUUUUCUUUGCUAACAGGAGUCAUGCUGUCAAGUUUGUGGAAUUUGUGGGUAAAGUCGCUCCAACAAAGAGUAGACAUAACAAACAGCUUGUUUCUCAUGAUGCUAAGAACAAUAGCUACAAUUAUAAGUAAACAUUCUCGGUUGAAAUAUCUCCCAUUUGCCGUGACGAUUUAAUUUGUUUGCCUAUAAGAGUUGCUGCUAGUUUAGGGAAUCUUGGUCAACUUGUGAUCUGCACAAAAGUGACAAACAACAUUACAUUGCUGGAUCCAUUAACUCUAAGGCAGUGUUUCUUGGACACUGAGCAGUAUUGGAGGUAUUCCUUUCAGUCUCUACUUGGUAGCAAGCAGCUGGUGGAAUAUCAUGUCUUCAAUGUUGAAGUUGUUUCUUCUAGACAUAAUUUGGGGGGCUCCAAAUAUGUUUUAGCAAAUGUUGAUUUGUUUCGUGUAACUGAUUAUGGAAAGUUGUUACACACAACAACACAUCUAGGCCAUAUUUUGAAGCCUGGAGAUCGUGCUCUUGGUUAUGACCUUUAUGGGGCUAACAUUAAUGAUAUUGAACUAGACAAGCGUGGAGAAGAUGAGAUUCCUAAGGUAAUUUUGAUAAAGAAGAGCUAUGAAGAGAAGCGCCAUAAGAAGCGUGGGAAGCCUCGUCCAUGGAAGCUUAAGUCCCUUAAUAUGGAACUUGAUGAAUCAAAAGGUAGAGCUCAUGAAGAGAAGAUGAACUCAGAGUACGAAGAGUUCUUGAGAGAUCUGGAAGAGAACCCUGAAUUAAGGUUCAACUUGUCAUUUUACCGCAACAAAGAUUACCAGCCAUCAGAAAUGCUAUCCGAGUCUGAUGGGGAUGAUGUGCCUUCUGUUCCAUUGGAAGAGUUGCUUGCUGAUCUUGAGUUGAGCGAACAAGAAGAUGGUGAAGAUAUCAUGAGUGAAUGAUCUGUGUUUUAUUUUUCUUUUACCU